AACCCAAAAGUGUUUCCCUCUAUAAAAUCAUAACACACCAAAUUUAGGGCUAGGGUUUAUCGCUGCGGCUGCUGUUUGAACUGCAUUUUCUUCUUCUUCUCGACGGCCUCGCAGCAGCAGAACAAAGCUACCGUCAAUCAACAUGGGGAAGACGCGUGGAAUGGGAGCUGCCCGUAAGCUGAAGUCCCACCGCAGAAGGCAACGGUGGGCAGACAAAUCAUACAAGAAAUCUCAUCUUGGUAAUGAAUGGAAGAAACCUUUUGCUGGUUCUUCCCAUGCCAAGGGUAUUGUUCUUGAAAAGAUAGGUAUUGAGGCUAAGCAGCCCAAUUCUGCCAUUCGUAAAUGUGCGAGGGUUCAACUCAUCAAGAAUGGGAAGAAGAUUGCUGCAUUUGUACCAAAUGAUGGUUGCUUAAACUACAUUGAAGAGAAUGACGAAGUUUUGAUAGCUGGAUUCGGAAGAAAAGGUCAUGCCGUCGGUGAUAUUCCCGGUGUUAGGUUCAAGGUUGUGAAGGUCUCUGGUGUGUCACUCCUUGCUCUUUUCAAGGAGAAGAAGGAGAAGCCAAGGUCUUAAAUUUGUUGGAUGGUUCCUAUCUGUUUUUUAUUAUAUAGUUUCCCAAAGAUGAUUAUGGAUUUUGCUUCAUUAGACUGGAUGAGUUUAUGAACAAUUUUGUAUCUCUUGAUAGUUAUUUUUUGGAACUUUAUUUGAUUCAUAUCCAAGCCGUAGUCUUUCGUUAGUUA